AUGGCUUCCUUUAGAGAGAUUCGUAGCAUUCUUCUGCAAAGUUUUGAUAAUGGAGAUAUAUCAGAGGACGAAUUCCUUCUUCUUUAUGAUGUUAAUACCUCCAAAAACCCAGAUUUUCCUUAUGAAAGUUAUGGGAAAUUUGACCUUAAUGAUAUGGAUGACAGCGAGUGUUUAUCCGAGUUUCGUUUUCGUAAGAGUGACCUUCCUGUCCUUUCUGAGGCUCUACAUCUUCCUAACUACUUUAAAUGUCAACAAGGAACAAUAUGCGAUGGAAUUGAAGGGUUGUGUAUCGCACUUCGAAGGUUUGCAUACCCAUGUAGACUCAGUGAUUUA